AUGUCCAAAUCCGCGUUCCACUCGCGCCUGGGACUCUCCCGCGCCGACGGCCCCAUCCUCCCGCUCCACAACCGAACGAGUCCCCCGAUACGCAAGAAGCCCAGCGAAUACGACCUGUCCGAGCUUUCGCCCCGGCCCGACGAUGGGCUCCUCUCACAGACCAUGAACGCCGGUAACGGCCCAAACUCCGGUCGCCUGAGCUCCUCGCCCUCUCGUGGGUACAGCGACGGUGGCAGCAGCCCUGGUUCGGCCUCCAAGUCCAGAGCCAGUCAGCGCGUGCUGUUCGCAGGGCCGCCGCCGCCGAUCGCGACCUCCCAGAUGAUUUACCGAGACGAGGAGGACCGGGGCGCCUCACUCUCCCCUCCUCGACGCAAUGCGGCUUCCUCAUUCGCGCACAACAUCUCCAGCGUGCUCUUCGACCGCGACUCUUCCUCGCCGAUUCGCACCCGAGACCCCGAAUACAACUACAAACCAGACGUCACCUGGGCCAACUUCCAACGCCGCGAGCGCGCGCUGCAUAAGGAACUCCAAUACCUGCUCGACGCCCAAUCCGCCGGCCUCGCCGCCAACCUCGACCCCCACCACCACCCUUCGCCAUCUAGUGCUCCCUUCACCGACGCCUACUCCCCUUCAACCACCACCACCACGACUACUACGACCACCACCACCGUACGAACAACCUCGGCCGGCACCGUGCUCCCCGUCCGCCAGCCGCGCUCCAAACCGCCCGGCCUGCGCGCCGCGCGCGCCGGGCUGGCCCGCACCAUCGCGCAGCUCGCCGACCUCAAGGCCGAGGAGGACGCGCAGCUGACGGCGGCGCUGGGCGCGCGCAAGCAGGCGCUGGCGACGCUGCGGCGGCUGACGGCGCGGCGCGAGGGCAUCGCGGCCGGGCUGAGCGCGCUGCAGGCUUCUGAGCGCGGCGAUGGUGAUGAUCGUGAACAUGAUGAUCAUGAUGUCGGCGACGACGACGAGGAGGAGGCUGAGGGCCGCGGGGAUGUGCUGGGGCGGGAACUGCGCAGGUUGGAAGGGGAGCGGCGCGACGUGGUGGGGGAGAUUGAGAUGCUGGAGGGCCGGCUGGGCGCGCUGAAGCGCCGGCGGAAGUGGCUGGACGGGAGGAUCGAGGAGGUCCGGAGCCGGAGGGAGGCCGGGCUGAGUGGGUAUCGCGGCGCGCUGCGGGAGGUGGAGGGACGGAUUGCUGGGUUGCUGGCUCGCCCUGGCGUGCAGCCCCUUGAUGUGGAGUUCUUCCCGCGCUCCGGUGAUGCCCAGGAGGAGUCGCCUGGCGGGAUGGAGUUCCUGCGGCUGAGGCCGGAGCGGCGGACCGCCGAGAUGGCGAGGGAGUGGUGGGAGGCGGAAGUGGCGCUGCUGGAGAGGAGGAGACGGGAGGUGGACAAGGAGAGGGCGGCGCUCGAGGAAGGCGUGGACAUGUGGAAGGAGGCCGUGAAGCUGGUCUCGGAGUUCGAGGCUGGGCUGAGGAGGGAGAUGAGGGGUGCCGGGGAGGCUCCGGACAAGAAAGGCAAGGGCCGGGAAGGAGAGCUCAUGUCACCGCAACCGCCGUCUCCCGAGCAAGCGAUGUACGCGCAGCUCGACAAGAUGCGGGGCGUCAUGGCGGGACUGGAGGAGCGGUUACGCAUCGCGGAGGACAGGGGCUGGAACCUGCUCAUCUGUGCCAUCGGCGCCGAGCUGGAAGCUUUUCGGCAGGCCGAAGGCAUGCUUCGAGACGCCCUCCGCGCGGCUGGGUUUGAUGCCGGCGGCGAAGAUCACGACGAUGACGAGGAGGGCGACUCGACACCGCACCUGGGGAGAUCGGUCAGCCUGCGGGGCUCAAGACAGAACCUGGACGGCCGUCCAGCGGCUGAAGCUGGCCCCGGGAGGAGCGGCAACUUGGUCGACUUGGACAGAGAGGAAGUACGAGAACCCGAGAGCGAUAACGAGGUGCCGCCGGAUCUGCUCGUUGCGGCUGAUGAUGGUAGUGCCGGAUUCAACAGUCCUACGCUGAGCAGGGUGGGCAGCGAGAACGAGGUGCCGGCUGAGUUUCUGAGGGAGCAUGAUCAUCACGAGACAUAGCGGGCACUUGGGUCAUCACUUGUCCGGCGUUUGGUUAGUUUGGUGCCAUGGGAUUCGCCGCGAAGGCGUGGACACCGGUGGUUAUGGAGGGUUUGUUAGACAGCGUUCUGACUGGACGUCCACGAGCGCU